GCUCCGUGGAGCAGCAGCUGAGCGCGCAGCCGGAGACGGAGUGCCAAGCCCCCCCACACUGGUGUCUCCUCCUCCUCCCACCCUGCAACUCUGAGGCUUCUCCUUCUUGCCCCCCUCCUCCUCUUCUUGUAGUUUCCUCUUCCCUGGCCACUUCAGAGCCCCAGCGUGCAGGAGGACUGCGGGUGGGAGCAGGCGCAACAGGGAUGCGACAGCAAUGCGCGCACCGCUCCACUCUUUUGUCAUGUCCUCUCAUCCCCGACGACUUCCAGGUUUAAUAUUCUUGCACGGAUACUUGCAGGAGCACUGGCAGGCAGAGGCGUGCACCGGACACCUGCUGCUGCAGCGCUGCUGCACCGACCUGCAGGUGAAAACCUUCCAGAACGCCCAGACCUCCGCCAUCAUGUGACUCUGUCACCUCCAGCCAACUUCAGAGGGGUCACCGAGCGUCUCCAGUCAUCCAUUCCUCUUCUUCUCUUCUUUUGAAUGAAUCAGCAUGAGUACUUUUUGGCAUUUUCUGCUUCUUCUACUCACAUCUCUCGUCAAAGCCCAGGUAACUCAGGAACUACCCCCAGGAGUCGUGACAGAGGCAGCCAACACCACCGACCCUUCCAUGAACAGUACAAGAACUUCAGAAAGCGCCAGCGACUCCUCCGGCUCCUCCAGCCCCACGGAGACCUCGGAGAUGGCAGGAACCCCUUCGGAAGCUCCCACGGAGGAGGAGGACGACUGGUCCCCGGCAGAGACCUUCUUGUACACCGGAGACCCCUCUGCUCUGAAGAUGGGGCGCUGCUCCCGGGCGUACAGCACUCCUGGCCAGAGAGGACCUCUGCCCAGCAACUUCAACGCCCCCCUGCAGCCAGCUCUGGACGCUCUGGCCAACACUGCCAACUUCCUCAACAUGAUAUUCCAGGCCAGCGACCUGCGGGAGAGCACGGUCAUGGAGGACAUGGAGUGGUACCACGCCCUGGUCCGUGCCCUUCUGGAGGCCGACGUGCUCAUUCAGCGGGCCCUGCUGACCUUUGAUGCCGACCCGACCGCCCAGUUGCCACAACUGGUGCUUCGCGCCACCCGUAACUGGACAGCCAAGGUGCAGACCAUCGUCCUCCAGGACAUGUCCAGGGCUUGGGAGAGCCUGCACCCUCCGGCCCCGGCCCCCGACGAUAGUUGGUUCAGCAGGCUGAAGUUCCCAGAGACCAACCAGCCGGUCGCAGCCCUGUCCAAGCGGGUGCUGCUCAACGACCUCAGCACCUUGGACACACCUAAGUGGGCUCAGGGCGACAGCUAUGUGACCAAUCGCAGUGGGGUUCGCUGGGCCAGCGGGCCCUUCCUGGACUGCAAGGAUGGCCGCUUCGUACCGGCCUGGGUGCUCACCCUGUCCACCUCCUUCUACGGGCUCAAGCCCGACCUGACCCCGGAGUUCAGAGGCGUGAUACGUGUGGAUGUCAACAUUCAGGACAUCGACUUGAACCAGUGCACGACAGGGGAGAGCUGGUUCGCAGACACUCACCAGUGCAACCGCACCAGCAUGGAGUGUGUGCCGGUCCCGGGCCGAGGCUUCCGACUGGGCCAGUACUGCUGCCGGUGUAAAGAGGGAUACUACAACCCGGACAUCUCAGCCGAAGACUCAGAUGGAGUUCCUGGGAACGGCAGUGACACCAGCGUUAUGUGCUACCCCAACAUGCCCAUCUGCCUGCCCUGCUGGCCGGGCUGUAAGAGCUGUCAGGACAGCACGCCCUGCUGGGUGCAGGAGGACGGGCUGCUCCGGGCCGGCGUGCUGGCCAUCCAGGCCGUCUUCAUGACGCUCAUCUUCGUCAGCAUGCUGGUGUCCUACCAGCACCGCCGCAACAAGAGGAUCCGAGCGUCCGGCCUCCUGCUGCUGGAGACGAUCCUGUUCGGCUCUCUGCUCCUCUACUUCCCGGUGUUCAUCCUGUACUUCAAGCCCAGCACAUUCAGGUGCAUUCUGCUGCGCUGGGUCCGGAUGCUCGGCUUCUCCAUCGUAUACGGGACCAUCACACUGAAGAUGUACAGGGUGCUGAAGGUGUUCCUGUCACGCACGGCCCAGCGAGUGCCCUACAUGUCCAGCUUCCACCUGCUGAGGAUCCUGGGAGUGAUGCUGAUGACGGUCAGCUGGUUCCUGUGCGCGUGGACCGUGGGGGUCCUGCAGAACCGGGACAGGAACAUACCCGUGUUCCUCACGACCAACACGGCGGACGGGCAGGGCUUCAACCUGUGUUACCUGGACCGCUGGGACUACAUGAUGGCUGUGGCCGAGCUGCUGUUCCUGUGCUGGGGCAGCUCCCUCUGGACCGCCGUCAGGCCCGUCCCGUCAGCCUUCCAUGAGCCGCGCUACAUGGGCAUCGCCAUCCACAACGAGCUGCUGCUGUCCUCCAUGUUCCACGUGUUCCGAUUCACCUUUCCGUCCGUCCAUCCUGACUGGAUGCUACUGCUCUCCUUCAUCCACACCCACAUCACCAUCACGGUGACUCUGGCCUUGCUCCUGGCUCCAAAGUUCCUCCACGUGUCUAAGCCUGGCCGAGAGGAGAUAGCAGCAGAGGUAUACGAGGAUGAAGUGGAUCUGCGGCGCUCCACCUCGUACCUUCACAGCAGCUUCCGCUCUGCUUGGAGUGAGCGUGUGGACCCGGAUGACUUUCGGGAUGAACUGAAGAAGUUAUAUGUCCAGUUAGAAGUCCACAAGACCAAGAAGAUGACGGCAAACAACCCUCACCUGCCGAAGAAGCGCAGUUCUCGGUGUUCACUGGGGAGGUCCAUCAUAAGGCGCAUUGCUGAGUUCCCAGAAUCUAUGAGCCGGCAAUGCAGCCGCGAAGAGAAAGAUGGAUCUUUCCGCAGUACGAGUGAGAAUCAUUCAGACUCUUUCAGGACGGUCCCAGAUACUAUUAGUAAUAGUUGUAGAAGUUCAAUAAAAUCCCGCUCACCAUCCAUACGCAAGUCCUACAGCGACUACCACCAUGUCAGGGAAAGGGACUCUUCCCUGCGAGACUCCAGGUUGAGGGCAGAUUCUGUGCAGAGAGCCUCUCAGCGAUCUGAAACAGACUCUCUGGAUAUCCCAGCAGGAGUCUGCAAGUCAGCCAGCGCGCAGAAUCUAACAAUUGAUACCAACCUCCUACAUCCGGACCACAGCAGGCUGCAUAAAUCUUGGAGCCUGAGCUCCUCCACCACCCACUCUAUAGAGAAUAUAUCCAAGAUCUCCAGAUCCAGCACGGUAAGUUCAAGGCAGAGCAUAAGUGACCAGACCCGGAGCGCUCUCCAGUCGGAAUCCUUUGACAAGACUGAGGUCUGCCCUUGGGACGUGGAGCCAGAACAAGCGGAGGAAAAGAACCAGAAGCACGUCACCAUCGCAAACUCUGAGAGCAGUGAGGAAAGGAAGCCACCGUCCCCGAAGAAACUGAUCUGUCCCUGGGACCAUUUACCGCCCGUGGAAAAGACUCCGCCCGUGGAAAACACAUCACAAGAUGACACUGUGUCCACUAAAGUACCAGUUACUGCAUCUAUAAGUGUACCGGGCUCCCCGUUCCCAAAGGUCACCAAAGAAAAACGCGCCUUCUCCUUACGCACCACCACUAAUAAGUGGCUCUCUGUGAAAUCUAUUAUUGCAACCGCAGAUUCGGGCAACAAGUCCAACAAAGACGGAAAUUUGGAUCGAGAAGAUUCUGUUUCACAAAAGAGCCAGGAAAGUGCUUCCACGACCCCAAGGUCUGGAUCCUCGAGUAGACGUCCAAGUGUGGAAAGUAGGACUCUGCUGAAAUUAAUAUCAGCAACAGACGCCAAACCAAGUCUUGUGAAGCAAACUGCAGUCAGGCUGUCGUCCGUGGACUCAACGGACAAAAGUCCAGGAAGGCUCUUGAUUAUGAAAUCAUCUGUCUACUCUGGAGAUGUCGAUGACUUGCAGAAAGAUGGCAACUCUGAACACGGUUUUCUAUCUCGGCAGAGCAGCAAACGCAGUAGCAUAAGUUCCUGGGGCAGCUCAAGAACUCCUUCCAUGCACAGAAGAGGUAGUGCUCAACUCAGACUUGUCAGUACCGCCUCCCCCUCAGAUGUGUGUCCAUGGGAAGGAAGUGGUUCUGCCCCACAGGGAGAAGGACCGAGAAAGCAGCAGAGCAUCAAGGAAUCACAAGUGCAUGAACGAUCUAACGUAUGUCCAUGGGAAACACCAGACCAAGGGAAUGUGGGAGGAAAAGUGGGGGGCAAACCUGAUGUGUGUCCUUGGGAAUCCCAAGAUAUUCCUGCGUCUGGUCAAACCGCCCUGACCAUGACUUCACAGCCUCAGCCGUCUUUAAAACCUGUAGGAGACGUAUGUCCAUGGGAGACUGCAGAAAACCCCCAAAUUUCGAUACAAGACAGUGAACAUGGGAAUGUUUGUCCUUGGGAUGCUCCGGCUGAAGCCGUAUCUGAGAACCUGAAUCCCUCGCACAAUAUGGGAACGCUGACUGUUCCCUUUCGACAAGAAGUCAUGAAACCCGCCAUCUAUCCCAGUGCGUCCAAGGAUGGUAUGAGUAAUAACCAGUCACGCAAUACUCUCUCACCUUCGUUGAAUCAGGGUGAGCAAACAGCCAAGACAGCUGAUAGCUGUCCAUGGGAGUUCCCUGAUCCACCGAAAAUCGUAGAAAAUAUUUGUCCAUGGGAAGGGGCGAGCGAGGAGCCUGCAAACAUAGACUCGGCUUCACAAAUGACAAUUAAGGUGGACAUUUGUCCCUGGGAAACUUCGCAUCAAGACCAACCAGGUAAUGUGGAAAAAGACGCCACGCCCAUAAAAACUGCUCCCGUAGAGACUGAAGCUGCAGAAGGCACGAGAGUAAAUGUGUGUCCCUGGGAAACUGGGCCCCCAGAAAAAACUACAGAUACAGAAAUGGAGCCACAGGGGCUGGAAAAACCUCUGGAUGUUUGUCCUUGGGAGACGGGGGAGCCAGAGAUUGCCAAAACACCAGACAGUCAUGAAAGAGAAGCUGCAAAUCAGGCAAAUGUUUGUCCGUGGGAGACAGAGAUACCCGCUAUAGUGAAACCUGAAGAAUCAAAACCAACAGAGACGCCGCAAGGACAGGGAAACUCUGGAGGAGAUGCCUCUCCACCAAAAACAGAUGCAACGACAGACAGCAGUCAGGGAGAUGUCUGUCCGUGGGAGACAGAAGAACCUAAAGUAGCAAAAGACAACGUUUGUCCGUGGGAGACGGAAGAACCUAAAGUAGCAAAAGACAAUGUUUGUCCAUGGGAGACGGAAGAACCUAAAGUAGCAAAAGACAAUGUUUGUCCAUGGGAGACGGAAGAACCUAAAACGCUGAAGAAGCAAGACAGUGACCGGACAAGCGUUUGUCCAUGGGAGACGGAAGAACCCCAAGCGAUCACACAGCAGGACGGCGCUCGGGGGGACGUUUGUCCAUGGGACACAGGAGACACUGAAGUUGGAAAAACACAAGUUAGUGUUACGACAGAUGUUUGUGCUUUGGAGAGCGCAGAGUCAGGAGUUACAGGCAGGAAUGGCAGCAAUGGAGCAGAAAAUGUGUUUGUUACCAACAGUAACAACGAUGAAGCCACAGAAAACCAACUUAUGGACGGGGGUCCGGCAGACAUUGACACCGAGGAAAUGGAUGAGUCCAAAGCAAGCAUGGCCCUGGGCCGGCGUGAUGCGUUAUGUCCUUGGGGAGUCGGAAUGAGCGCAUCAGGCUCCUUCACAGACAAUAACUCGGAUGUCUUUACGUGGGAACCGGAGAAUAUUCCAGAGGAAGAUGAGGAAGAUGACGCAGAGAUUGCUGGAGAGGCGUUUGUAUUCCCAUCUGACUUAUGAUCUAUGAUCUAAACCUGGCCAACGUUUAUUUCUGGCUUCCCCUGUCAGAUCAAGGACACGUGACCUCCAGAAAGACUGGAGCCCCGGCGACAGUGGGGAACCGCAGGCCCAACAGAACUGCUUCCCUACAUUUAGCAGCAACUAGGGCAUGUGAAAAAGAAAUCACUGAAAUAAUUAACUGAUAACAAAAACCAAUGUCUCAAGUUUGCUUUUCCAGUUAAACCAUGGUCCUGUGUAACUCGUAGAGACUCGGUGAGCUUGACACUAAAGGCUGGGCAAACAAAUGUCACAUCACUGAAGCACAUUAAGUGGACUUAUUCCAGCCUCGACUGGUCCAGCAAUGACAUGCAGACGAACCGGGUGCUGGAAGGACAUGCAAGGUUAUCACAGGAAGUCUCCUUUGUUCCUGCUUCUACCCCUGAUUUGAAAUUAAAACAUAUUUUUUGCCAUUGCUGAGGUGAGAUGGUAACAAAAUCUGCAUUGCUCACAAAAAAACAAAGAGGAAUUAAAGUCUAAUCCUACACAAUUUACAUCAAUGUUUCCCUCGUCAUUAUAAUGUUUGUAGUAGAAUACAGUUUUACAAUGGGAUGUCAGGCUGCUUUUCAGUUAUAAUUAUUUAAAAAAUUAACAUAAAAUAAGCAGCAUCCUCCCAAAACUUCAGGCUCUUCACCGAAAACUUGACACAUUUUCAGUUUUCACGAACGUCGUUAUUUCACAGCCACAUUACAUACUCCUAAACAGGAAAAUGAAUCAUACCGCAGUAACUGAAUGCGGUAAUGUUGUUCUCAUUUCAACAAAUAUGUAAAAAUGUAAUUAUUUUUUUUUAAUGGCAUAAACCAAUAAAAAAAAAAAUUUAAUUUUUAAGAUUUCUGCUCCUUUGAGUUUAAUUCUUGUGUCUUUGCAGGUUAGAUGGAGCGCACAAGACAGAAUACAGGCGGUAAAAUUUAUGUUAAAAGACUGAAUUAGGCAAAAAUAUUUGCAAAAUUGAUUAAUCCAGUUUAUUUUAAAACAUUACAGCUGCUUUCACAAAAUUCCACUUGUCCUAAGAAUUAUGGUUAAUUUAUUGACUUUGUUAAUUAUAUAGUUGUAUAGCUCAGUGAAAAUCUUAAUGCAAACUUUUAUUUACCAAAAAAGAGUAGUAAAGGGAUAAACUCUGGUUAUAAUCAUCUUUAGUGUACAGAAAUUAAAUCUGGUUAAUUACAGAUCAGUAAAAUAUUUUUCUUUAUACAUUUCAAUUAUGAGCUGAUAAUUUAAGUCGGGUUCCAUAUUAAAACGUCUGGCAUUAAUCUUUAAUACAUUCUGAAGUUUAAUUCCCAAGUUUCAGAGAAAAAGCUUGUGAAAGCCAUAGGUAUGUCGUAAAUGUUUUAUGGACUAACUUUUUUAUGUGUUCUUGUGUGUGAAGUUAUUUUUCUGUUCACAUCAGCAGUAACGAGUCAUCAGCGGUGACGAACGCUUCACUGGUGUCCGUUACUUUCAAACAGCUCAAGUUAUUCUUCGAGUCAGUACAUCAACUGUUAAAUGUGGCACCUUUUUUGUCACGGCAGCAUAGUUUUGUGAGCAUUGUUGAAUGUUUGUGUUUCUGAAAGAGUGUGCCGUAAACUGUUGUCAUGUAAAAGUAAUAUCUUGUAAAACAGCCCUUGACUUGCACUGACGUGUGAAGGAGACGCUACUUUUUAUUUUUGUAAUCCCUGAAACCAACAUGCAGUAUAUUCAUCACUGAAAUAAACCAAUUUCUAUAGAUCUGUGCCUUU